AUUUGCAUUAGAGCUCCAUGGUGACGUUGUUGUCGUACUGCGCUUCACUGAUACUUGCAUGUUCAACAGGUGAUCUAGGCUACAGUAGAGGCUCUGCUCACACAAUAGUUGGUUGCCUAAUUUUACAACCAACUAUGUUAGUUUUAAGACCAAACGUGAUAAAGCGUGUGAUGUAUACGAUACCAUUCGGUAUUGUUUGUAAUGAGCGGAUUUGAAUAAGGUGUGGCACAGCUGUCCCCGGCAGGUGCGCAGGCAGCGGAGGACUAUACUUCCCCGACACCCCCUGCUGUUACACAGAGGAGAAAUCCCCCGGGCACCGCCGGAGACUCACAGAAAGAUGAACUGGGGCUUUUUGGAGAACGUCCUCAGCGGGGUGAACAAGUACUCUACAGUGAUCGGGCGCAUCUGGCUUUCCGUGGUCUUUCUCUUCAGGAUCUUGGUGUACGUGGCAGCGGCCGAGCAGGUGUGGAAGGAUGAGCAGAAGGAUUUUGUGUGCAACACCCAGCAGCCUGGUUGUGAAAAUGCUUGUUUCGACCACUUCUUCCCCAUCUCGCAGGUGCGCCUCUGGGCUCUGCAGCUCAUCAUGGUAUCCACCCCGUCACUGCUGGUGGCCCUGCAUGUGGCCUACAGGGAGCACCGGGAGACCAAACACAAGCGGAAACUGUACAAGGACAAAGGGAGUAUUGAUGGAGGUCUGUUCUGCACCUACAUCAUCAGCCUGGUCUUCAAGAUAAGCUUCGAGGUAGGCUCCCUGCUUGCGUUCUACUUCCUGUACAAUGGCUUUGAGGUGCCCAUGCUGCUCCGCUGUAGCCAGAGUCCCUGUCCCAACACGGAGGACUGUUACAUUGCUAGAGCCACAGAGAAGAAGAUAUUCCUCUACAUCAUGGCCUGCACAUCCAUACUGUGUAUCACUCUGAAUUUUGUAGAGCUCAUGUACAUUGUAUGGAAGCACUUGUGGAAAUGUUUCACCAGGCGGUACGUCCCAAUAGAGGAGAAGGCUGUCAGCCACCGCCAGUCACAUGUUUCCAUCGUCAGUAAACGUGUCUCCGCUGAGCCCACAGUAAACACAGAGGAGAGCACCACACAGCCUGCAUCCACUGCUGAAAACCAGCCUGUCUAGUCUGUGAGGGCUGGGACUGAGCUCAUGUUCUCACCUCAAAGUGAAACCACAGUGAAACCCUUGUUUGCCUGACAAACUAACAUGGACUGCUCACAAGUGAGCAAAAGAGCUAAAAGUGUAUGAAUAAACAGUAUAAACACUGAUGAAAGAUAUAUCAUUACACUUGGUCUAACUCCAGACUGGAUGAAAUCUCCAGUUAAAGAUGCAGUUUUACUGGAGACAUGAAUUCCACAUAGCUCCCUUUAAACUAUACCUGUAACUCAAAUUCUACUAGUUUUACACAUGGAGUUGAGUUUAUCCAUUGUGAGAGUACUAUGUAGCCUGUGUCUUCUCUGGCUCUCGAGGAGCUUUGCCAAGUGUGAGAUAAUAAUAAUAAUCUCCGGUUGGGAGCGUCUAAUCAAAGUUGCAUUAUGGGAAAUGUAGGAUCCAAGCUCUUGGAACUUGGACCACACCUGUGCUUUCCUGCUAUGACAAGCUAAAAAGCCUGCUGUGAAAAAGGUCUAUUGAACAUUUCUAAAUGAUCUUUUUUGGUAUCUAUAGUUAUACUAGUUACUAGUCAUAAUGCGGCUGCAGAACUGAUGAGUUAAAAUAAGUCGAGAUAUCUUGACAAAAGUCUUUGUGAGCAACAGUAGCUACAAAAGUAUAGUUUUGGAUAUCUUGAGAGUGCAAAGACAAUAUAUCUCCAAUUAUCUUCCGACUAGUAUGGAGGCCCAAAAUGUUCAAUAUAAAACAAAUAAAAAGGACAUUAUGAGAAAUCCUCUUGCUAUUGUUUUUGGCUGCAAGUUUUCUUUUACUCCUCAUCCAGCAGAAUGUUUUUGUCUGUCAACCAAGACAAACAGGGUGGAUACGAUUGGCUGGUGCUUUGGCAUGAAUGACUGGACAGCCAGUCAAAUAACUAGAUCUGUGCCAUUUGUCUUGAUGACAAAGACAAAGGACGUUUUGAAAUAAAAUUAGCUGAAAUUAAAUAUUAUAUUUUGUGCCUGUUUUACUUCAUGUGAUUAAAAAAAAGUAAUCUAAUAUUGAACACUACAGUCAAAAGGUUGUUGGAGAUAUCUAUUGGGUCAGUAGUUUUUCAGUAAUUCUGUUGAAAACCAAACAAAACAAAUGUCCGCCCAAGCUUUUUCCGCAGAAGUAUAAAUUAAGCAUCAACAAUAGACUAAAAUGAUAAAAAUGAAGCCAAAAUAUCCCUGAUACGGGCACUGCCAUCGUGCGCUGUUGACAUCAUUUAGGGCCAGACUCUGCACCGUAGUAAUCAGGGGGUGGAGCUGGGGUAUUGAGGUCCCGCCCAUACACCCAUCCAACUCAAGCGCAAGCACGUGAGCCGUCAAUCUGACGUCACGCACCCUUUUUAAAAGCAAAAAAAAAAAAAAAAAAAAUGAAAUCAGAAAAUAUUUCCACUUGAACAUACAUCAGCAUGAUCAAGUACCUAAAAUGUUAGAAACGAUCUUUGGGAAAAAUCUAUUUGACAUGUAUGCUAGUUCGAUUUUUAAGUUUUAGUUUGACCCAUAUCCCAUCUGCUAACAUGGAGGGGACAGGAUUAUGAUUUAUGCUGCAGCCAGCCACCAGGGUGUUUUGGCUUCACUUUUGGGAAGCUGUCAUGUCAUCCAUCUUUAUAUACAACCAAACUCGGGGUCAACGGGCAGUAUGUGCUUAAAGAUCUGUUAGCCUCCUAUUAGCUGUGGAAACUGGCCAGUUGAUAUUAUCUCACAGA